AUGCCGGGCGAGCGCCGGGAGGGGCACGAGCGGAGCUGGGGGCCCGGGGUGACGGGCGCGCGGAGGGGCGGAGGCGCGCGGGUCAAGCUAGCCGCCAGGCAUCGGGGGCGGCCGGUCUGGUUGUGCGGGGUGGGUUGGGGGGCGUCCCUCCCCGAGCUGCGGCGGCGACUCGCCCUCACAGGCUACAGCGCCCCGGCUGUCAAAGCCAGCGCGGGGGGCGGGAGGGAGGAAGGGGUGGAGGUGCGAGGGAGGAGGGCUGGCACCGGAGCGCCGCGGUGUCGGGGCAAUAAAAAUGCAUCCCCUGGAACUGCCCAUGGAGAAGCAGGGGACGGAGACGCCGCAGCCAGAGGAGGUGGUAAAAGCGGAGGAGGACGCCCAGGAGGCGGCGGCGGCGGCGGCGGCCGGGAAGUGAAAGGUCUCGCAAAGUUCAGCGGCUGCUGCGGGCGCCGAGCCCCGGGCUAG